AUUUCAAACAACAAAAUCGUUUGAUCUGUUUUAUUGACUGAGAAAGCCACAAACAACUCGCAACAAGUGUACCAGUCGAAAACAACCCAUAAACAACAAUAUGGCUAACAUACAAGUUGGUUUUUUCGAGCACAUCACUAUGAAUUUUGGACAAGAAACAACAACCAAAUUCAAACACUACGCACUUAACAACACAAGACUAAGCAACAUGACAACAAGGAAAAACUUCCUGAUCCAAUGUCGCCGAAAGGGAGUGUUUCCGGCACACAUCGUCAACACCCUAAAAUGCACGCAUCCAUUGCUGGAGGACAGGAGUCCUUACAUGGGAAAACUACAAAGGAUAAUGGACAAAUUCAAAAAGGCGCUGCUUAACAUUGAGAUUAAGCAUACGUUUUACAAGAUCAAGUGUCUAAAACGGGAUUUGGAAAACGGCAAGUUGGACAUCGUUACCUCAGCCAGUCCUGAUAUUGCAUUAGGAUUUAUCACCACCCAGAAUCGGUCGUUCGAAAACAACUUCAACAAGACACAACGGAAGACCAACGAUAAGUUGAACAAGCUUAUGGAAAAAUUGGUUCCGGACGAAACCGUACCAACACUAAACGAACGAUCGAUCCUAAAUGCCACAACACUAACUGUGCCUCCCCAAACAACACUUUUGCUCAGCCUCGGACCGAAGUUCUCACAUCCGGUCACACGCUUAGAGCACAUCCCCAUGUUCCACCUGAUAGCCGAUGUCGAAUCGAUACUCCGUACGUCCGACGACCAAGCAGCCCAAGACAAGAACAGAUGUCUUGCAGCAACACAAAUACAAAACCACAUAUCCCGUAUCAAAUCAAAUCGCUACAAAGAUUCACUUCAAGCGUUUUGUGACAGCGCAACCCGAGAAACAAAACGUUUUCUAGCUGAACAUCCGGAGGUAUGCGUGUUGGAGUCGGACAAGGGCAAACGUAUGGUCCUAAUGAAGGUGACAGAAUAUGACGAGAAGAUGAACGCUCUUCUUACCGACUCGACGUACAAGGUUCUUCCCAAGGACCCAACUCCGAGCGUCGAACGUAAGAACAACAACUUGGUAGACCGACUGCUGGAUUUACACCUUAUCGAUAAGGACACUGGCAAACGGUUGAGGAACAAAACAUCGAUAUGCCCACGCAUCUAUGGUCAACCGAAGGCACACAAGGCAAACCUCCCGUUGCGCCCAGUAGUCCCAAACAUCACGGCGCCGACCUACCAACUCUCCAAGUACCUGUCCAGCAUCCUAAAACAGGCACACCAAAGCAUUUUCAACAUCAAAGACAGCUUCACCUUUGUAGAACAGAUACGGAACGUGACGUUGCCCCCCGACUACUGCUUGGUGUCGUUCGAUGUCGUCUCGCUAUUUACGAACGUCCCUAAACUGUUGGUUAUCCACGACAUCAUUGCGUGCUGGGACGUAAUACAACGGGCAACGGACAUCGACCUCAGCCUUUUCCUCGAAUUGGUAGAGUUUCUGUUGGACAAUAGCUACUUCUGCUUUCGAGGAAAGUUCUACAUGCAAACGUUUGGGACAGCCAUGGGGAGCCCGAUUUCGCCAAUUUUGGCCGACCUCGUCAUGGAGAUUCUCUUGCUGAAUGUACUACGCCAGCUUGAGUUCGAGGUUCCGGUGCUCUACAAAUACGUAGACGAUCUGCUGAUCGCUCUACCAAACAACAAAACUCACGACACGUUGGCGUUGUUCAACAGCUACAACGAACAUUUGCAGUUCACGAUGGAAGAAGAGAGAGACAGCAAAAUACCGUUCCUGGACACCGUCGUCAUCAGGAACCAAGACCAGACCGUGUCAACCGAAUGGUUUUCCAAGCCCAUCGCAUCUGGGCGGCUGUUAAACUACCUGUCGUUUCAUCCAACGGGAAUGAAAAUCAACGUAGCUGCCAACUUCAUCCACCGAGUGACAUCCCUUACGACCGACCAGCCCCUACAACAGCAAAAACAAAUCAUUUUUAAACACCUGCGCCUCAACAAUUAUCCAACAACCCUCAUCAACAGGCUGUGGUCCCGCAAUAACAUGAACAACACAACAGGUAACCACCCGACAACAACAUCAGAAACAGCCCAAACAACAUACAGAUCCUUGCCCCACAUCCCGAUCCUCACUAGUGCACUAAUUAGCUCCUUUAAAAAUGAUUUUCCCAACACUAAAGUAGCCCGCAAAACCCUCAAAACAAAUUCCCAAAUCCUCAAAAACAUCCGUGACCCAGUACAACCUCUGCAAAAGUCCAAAGUUGUUUACAGUAUCCCCUGUAACAACUGCCAAAUGACAUACAUUGGCAUGACUAAAAACAAACUCCAAACCAGAAUGUACGGACACAAGCACGAUGUAAACAAACUUCAAUCUGUAGUGGUAAGUGGCAUUACCAAUAUCGAAGAGCAGAAAGACAAGCUAAAGGAUAGAACUGCGUUAAUUGAACAUUGUAUUGAAGAGGGACACUCGUUUGGUCUGGACAAGGUCCAGAUCAUCGACAGUACAUUCAAAUCCACUGCUCUGCCGAUAUUGGAAAUGUGUCAUAUUGCUGUCAAAACAAACACAGUUAACCACCGUACCGAUGUAGAGAAGCUUGGCACUACCUACACAGGAAUACUACACUCCAUCAACACACAUAUUACACGCAGGAACAAUAUCAGCACAAACACGUCCCUAGAGGAACUCACCAAAAACCAAAAAUGAACCCAACAUUUGAGCCAAAACUAUUGAGCCAAAACUGUACCAAUCCCAUGUUGUCCCAAAAGUAGCCAAGUGAUCGUAACAGUGCGUAGUGAUAGUAUGAGAUCUCUGAACAAAUCUCAUGUUUGUGCAGUAUGUUCUUUAAUUAUGUUUUAUGUUCAAAUCUAACCGUUCAAUUUUGUACCAAUAGCACCACCAACAACACCAUCCCCCUAGACACGUCCCACCGUUUGCAACUAACGUUUUUAACGAUAACGAUUAGACCAUAAUUUCCCUUGAAAAAGGCUCAAACCCGAGCCGAAACGUCGGGCAAUUUCAAACAACAAAAUCGUUUGAUCUGUUUUAUUGACUGAGAAAGCCACAAACAACUCGCAACAAGUGUACCAGUCGAAAACAACC